AUGAUUCCCGUCCUCCGGUCCAUCGAGGACUGCGCCGACUACGCCAAGACGGUGCAGCCGUUCCUCCCCCAGCUCUAUGCCCUGCCGCAGGUGCUCAUGGCCAACGGCGCCAACCUCGCCGGCCUCAAGGACAUUUACGUCCAGACGAACCCGCUCGUCAGCGGCUUCUCCGUCUCCGUUCUGUUCGGUGCCAUCUUCCUCGCCGUUUCGGAGCUCAACCGCAACUAUUCCCAGGUCGACCGCCUCUGGAGCAUCCUGCCCAACCUUUACGUCGUGCACUUUGCUGUCUGGGCCCGUCUGGCUGGCCUCCCGUACCACCGCCUGGACUUGGUUGCCAUUGCUACCACUAUCUGGAGUGUCCGUCUUACCUUUAAUUACUGGCGCAAGGGUGGUUACGAGGUUGGCUCUGAGGACUACAGAUGGUGCAUCAUUAUGAAGCAGGUUCCCAAGCCCGUCUUCUUUCUCUUCAACGUCACCUUCAUCUCCUUUAUCCAGAGCAUCUUGCUAUUUGCUUUCUCUGCCGCCCCUGCCUACAAUAUUCUUCUUUCCACCCGCUUUGAACCCCAGAUCACCACCGCCGAUUGGGCGUACUUUUACAUCAUUCUGGGCCUGGUUCUGAGCGAAUGGAUCAGUGACGGCCAGCAGUGGGAUUACCACAAGGCCAAGCAUUCAUACCUCAAGACCGCCAAGGUACCCGAAGGCUGGUUCCAGGAGGAGCUUGACCGCGGAUUCCUCACCAGCGGCUUAUGGGCUUACAGCAGACAUCCCAACUUCUUCGCCGAGCAAGCCAUCUGGUUCGUCCUCUACCAGUGGAGCUGCUACGCCACCAACACCCUCUACAGCUGGGCUGGCGCCGGCUCCUUUGCCCUGUUUGCUCUAUUCCAGGGUUCGACCUGGCUUACGGAGCUCAUCUCUUCUGGAAAAUACCCCGAGUACGCUCACUACCAGAAGCAGGUCGGCAUGUUCCUCCCCACCUCGUUCAGAGGCUACACGCCGCCUGCUCCCAAGAUGCCCAAGAUUAUCCGCACCAGCGAGCUCGCCAAGCGUCAGGAGCAAAGGGAGAAGCAGACGCAGUGA